AUGUUUGGGAUAUCUGAAAGUUUAGUUUGCAGACUAUUUCAUAACACUUUACCUAAACUUUCUGCUUAUUUUAAUCAAUUUAUAUACUGGACUGAAGAAAAAUUAGUAAAAGAACUUUUACCUGUUCCUUUUCGUUAUCGUUAUUCAUCUGUUCAAUCUAUUAUAGACUGUUUGGAAAUAGAAAUACCAAAACCUUCAGAUCCUAUUAAACAAGCACUACGCAUGGUCAGAUUAUAA